UAGCUAUUAAUUGUGAUAAGUGGUAAAUUCAUUAUGAUCAAAUUAACUCUGUUAAUGACAGCUAUAAAACGAAAAUCACUGCCGUGAAGGUUCAUUAGUGAGGCAUUAAGACAGCGAUAUGGACCUUAAAUUAGCAACUAUUUUAACGAUAACAGCAGCAUUAGCCGUUUCUGCAACCGGCAACCCAGUUCCCCCUAACAGCUCGACAGCUCCUGCUAGCAGCCCAAAAUACGUUCCAGUGUUCAUCUCUGCCGACGCCCUCAACCGCGUAACAAACGAGAGGGAUGGACAGGCUGCUCAGCCUGUUGAAUCUGGGCAGGACAAAUUAAAUGACAUCAACAAGGGAGCACAGAAUGCUCUCUACGGCCCGCCUGCGCCGGUAUAUGAGCAUCAGCCUGACCAACAUGAAACCAGCUACACCCCGCCACCGAUGCCACAAAAUUAUCAAAACAAUCAACAACAGUACCAAAAUAUGCAAACUCCCAUACAGCAAGCUAAUCCUAAUCAACAACCGAUACAACAGUCGUAUCCUAAUCAACAACCGAUUAAUCAGCAACCUUUUCAAACUCAGCAACCAAAUCAGAUUCAGCAAUAUCAAAUCAGCCAACCGCAGUCUCAGCCUUUUUAUCCAAUCAACCAACAACCCGCUCAACCAAAUCAGAUCUUAGUUGCUCAACAAACAGGGUCACAACCUUUAUACGGCAACCAACAGCAACAGCAAAUAUUACCUAUAAAUCAGCAACCACUGUUAAACCAACAACAACUCAUAGCUCAACCAGUCCAGACGUAUCAGCAACCAAACCAACUACUCAUCAGUCAACCCGGAAAUCAACAAUUGUUAACACAAUCUACACAGCCUAUUUUGUUAAGCCAGCAAGGUCCAAUGCCGAACCAGCAAAUACUUCUGCAGCCAAAUCAAAACGGACUUAUACAGCAAAUACCGAACCAGCAAGGGCAGCAAGCCAUAAUCUUACAGCCAAAUCAAAACGGACAAAUUAUUACUAGCAACAUGAACCCGAUCCAACCUAAUCAAGUGAAUCCAGGGUACAUUCAAAACCAAAACCAAAACGUGUACGCAGUUGUGCCUUUAAAUGGACAAAAUUUGGGUUCGAACCAAAACCACCAAAACGUAGGCUCGAACACUUAUCUAGUGCCGGUGCAACAAGUGCCUAAUCAAGUUUUCGCUGUAAAUUCUGGAUAAUAAAAGACUUACACUACCUAUAUAUGUAA